AUGUCCAAUAAGAAGCAAAGACAAUUUAGCAAGCGUUUAUUUAAUAGUAAGGUAAUGGAUUUUUUAGAAGCAGCUGCUGUUGUUGAGGAGAGGGAGAAGAAUGAAGCUGUUCACAAAGUACAACAGGAGCCAACUGUAGAAGAACCAAGGUUGAAAGGAUUGAGAAGGUGGUUGUUGAAGAAAGGAAGGAAGAAACUCUUGAAGCUUGUUGAAACUGUUUCCGAAUCAGAUGUUUCCAAAGAGAACAAAGAGAAGAGUGAAGAUAACAUAGUGGUUGCUGUUGUUUCUGAAGAGAAGGAAGGAAUUUCUUCCGCACAAGUUAUUAAGCAAGAUUAUGCUGAAGAAAUCCCAUUAUUUGUCGGUUCUUUAGAUAUUAUGAUGCAUUUUAUUGCGCAAGCCUUCUCAUCAUUCCAAAAGAAUAUGAUGAAGGAGAUGAGAGAAGAAAUGCAAAAGAAUAUAAAGGAGAUGAAAGAAGAAAUGCAAGAGCUAAAGAAAGAUAUGAAAAAGGAAAUCAAGGAUGUUAAGAAAGACAUAAAUGACUUGAAAAAGGAGGUCAAGGAUGUUAAGAAAGAUGUGAGUGAGAUAAAGAGGGAUGUUAGGACUGUUAGAAAGAUAUUGAUGAAUUACAGAAAGAUAUGA